AUGUCCGUCUAUCACAGCAAUGCGGCCCUGACUGUGGUUUCAUCCACCGAUAGGCCGGAGAAGCCAGCCUUAUUUAAGCACGCGGAGAGUCCUGUAUGGAACGUCGACUCACAAUCUUUGUAUUUCGUCGAUGCGCAUAAGCAGAAUGUGCACAGGCUGGAUUACUCGUCUGGGAAAAUACAUACUAAACAUAUAGAUUAUGGUCAAGUUAACGUCGUCGCGCUAGUAUCUGGGUCUCACAGAUUGUUAGUGGCUGUGAGGUCUGCGCUCUACCUGCUGGAUUGGGACGUGCCUGGUGAUGCCUCUAUAAGGCUACUCAGCUCCGUUGACGAGGGUCUACCUGACAAUCUUAUUAAUGAAGGGAAACCAGAUUCUGAAGGGAGAUUUUGGGCAGGUACAAAAGGACCUCAGCUUGGUGACGACGUUCAUCCAGACAAAGCUACACUCUACAGAUUCGAACCUGAUCAUGAAGGUUAUGUACACUCACGCGCAGUGUUAAGGCCCGUUUCCAUCUCCAAUGGACUGACAUUCUCCUUAAACAACACUGUAAUGUACUACAUCGAUUCGCCCACACAGAAAAUUGAGGCUUUUGAUUACGACCCAGUGAGGGGAGAAAUCACUGGGAGACGAGUUAUUCUGGACAUAUCCCAAUACGGCUAUGAAGAUGCGAUUCCAGAUGGCAUGACGAUCGACAGCGACGGCCACUUGUGGGUCGCUCUUAUGUUCGGUGGAACCGUCUUGCAUAUAGAUCCUGAUUCUAGACAAGUUGUAUAUGGGUACAAAUUACCAGUAUCCCGGACUACCUCACUUUGCUGGGGCGGCCCGAACCUCGACGAGUUAUUCGUCACAUCCGGUCGAGACAAAAAUGACGACAGCGAACCAUUAGCCGGCGCCAUCUUUACCAUCCGAGGCACUGGUAGCAGGGGAGUCCCCGCUCACACCUUCCGAUACGACAACGCAGAUUACUAUUGA